UUCUCUCUCCAGGGCUGGACUUAAUAACUUUGGAACUGUCCUCCAGUGUCACGUCCUGAACAUGAGCCUCCUCCUCUCCUUCUACCUGCUCGGGUUGCUUGUCAGUAGCGGGCAAGCUCUUCUUCAAGUGACAAUUUCACUUAGCAAAGUAGAGCUUAGUGUGGGCGAAUCUAAAUUCUUCACAUGUACAGCAAUUGGUGAACCUGAGAGUAUAGAUUGGUAUAAUCCUCAAGGAGAGAAGAUAAUUUCAACACAGAGGGUAGCAGUGCAAAAGGAAGGUGUCAGAUCACGAUUAACCAUCUACAAUGCAAAUAUAGAGGAUGCAGGGAUUUAUCGUUGUCAAGCAACAGAUGCCAAAGGACAGACACAAGAAGCUACAGUUGUUUUGGAAAUUUACCAAAAACUCACUUUCAAAGAAGUGGUAUCUCCUCAAGAAUUCAAACAAGGAGAGGAUGCCGAAGUGGUUUGCCGCGUUAGCAGCUCACCUGCCCCUGCUGUCAGCUGGUUGUAUCAUAAUGAGGAAGUCACCGCUAUUUCCGACAAUCGCUUUGCUAUGCUAGCCAACAAUAAUCUGCAGAUUCUCAACAUCAAUAAAAGUGAUGAAGGUAUAUACAGAUGUGAAGGAAGAGUGGAGGCUAGGGGAGAAAUUGACUUCCGUGAUAUCAUCGUUAUUGUUAAUGUGCCGCCAGCAAUCACAAUGCCUCAGAAAUCCUUUAAUGCCACAGCAGAGAGAGGAGAGGAGAUGACGUUAUCUUGCAGGGCCUCUGGCUCCCCUGAGCCCUCCAUCUCCUGGUACAGGAAUGGCAAGUUCAUUGAAGAAAAUGAAAAGUACAUACUGAAGGGAAGCAAUACAGAACUCACUGUCAGGAACAUAAUUAAUAGUGAUGGGGGUCCUUAUAUCUGUAGGGCCACAAAUAAAGCAGGAGAAGAUGAAAAGCAGGCAUUUCUCCAGGUCUUUGUACAGCCUCACAUAAUACAGCUUAAAAAUGAGACUACGUAUGAGAAUGGUCAAGUCACACUUAUAUGUGAAGCAGAAGGGGAGCCUAUACCAGAAAUCACUUGGAAAAGAGCAGUAGAUGGCAUCACAUUUUCUGAAGGAGAUAAGAGCCCAGACGGCCGUAUCGAAGUCAAAGGGCAGCAUGGAAGCUCGUCACUGCAUAUUAAAGAUGUGAAGUUGUCAGAUUCAGGGAGAUAUGACUGUGAAGCUGCGAGUAGGAUUGGAGGGCACCAAAAGAGCAUGUACCUUGAUAUUGAAUAUGCUCCCAAGUUUAUAUCAAACCAAACAAUUUAUUACUCUUGGGAAGGAAACCCUAUCAAUAUAAGCUGUGAUGUGAAAUCUAAUCCACCAGCAUCAGUCCAUUGGAGAAAAGAGAAAUUAGUCCUUCCAGCUAAAAACAUCACUAAUUUAAAGACAUAUAGUUCAGGGAGAAAGAUGAUAUUAGAGAUAGCACCUACAUCUGACAAUGACUUUGGACGAUAUAAUUGCACAGCCACUAACCGUAUAGGAACAAGAUUUCAAGAAUAUAUUCUUGCUUUGGCUGAUGUGCCAUCCAGUCCCUAUGGAGUGAAGAUUAUAGAGCUGUCACAGACCACAGCCAAGGUUUCUUUCAACAAGCCGGACUCCCAUGGAGGUGUGCCUAUUCAUCACUAUCAAGUGGAUGUCAAAGAAGUGGCAUCAGAAACCUGGAAAAUAGUACGCUCCCAUGGAGUUCAAACAAUGGUUGUUUUGAGCAACCUGGAACCAAAUACAACUUAUGAAAUCAGGGUUGCAGCAGUAAAUGGAAAAGGGCAAGGAGACUACAGCAAAAUAGAAAUUUUCCAGACAUUACCAGUUCGUGAACCAAGUCCUCCAGCCAUACAUGGGCAGCCAAGCAGUGGAAAGAGCUUUAAACUAAGUAUCACCAAACAGGAUGAUGGAGGGGCCCCUAUUUUGGAAUACAUUGUCAAGUAUAGAAGUAAAGAUAAAGAAGAUCAGUGGCUAGAGAAAAAAGUGCAGGGAAAUAAAGACCACAUUAUUUUGGAGCAUCUACAGUGGACAAUGGGGUAUGAAGUUCAAAUUACAGCUGCCAAUAGAUUGGGAUAUUCAGAACCAACAGUCUAUGAGUUCAGCAUGCCACCAAAGCCAAACAUUAUUAAAGAUACCCUUUUUAAUGGUCUUGGGCUUGGAGCAGUCAUUGGCCUGGGCGUGGCGGCUCUCUUGCUAAUCCUUGUGGUAACGGACGUCAGCUGCUUCUUUAUUAGACAAUGUGGGUUAUUGAUGUGCAUCACGAGGAGAAUGUGCGGGAAGAAAAGUGGCUCUAGUGGGAAAAGUAAAGAACUCGAAGAAGGCAAAGCCGCCUACCUGAAAGAUGGAUCAAAAGAACCAAUAGUGGAGAUGAGGACAGAGGAUGAAAGAAUCACUAAUCAUGAGGAUGGGAGCCCAGUAAAUGAGCCAAAUGAAACCACACCACUAACAGAACCUGAAAAAUUGCCUUUAAAAGAAGAAAAUGGAAAAGAAGUCUUAAAUCCAGAAACUAUAGAAAUUAAGGUUUCUAAUGACAUCAUACAAUCAAAAGAAGACGACAGCAAAGCAUAACACCAAGAUCACAAAGGCUUGAACAAUGCUACACAGAGCAUUUGGAUUGCAGUGACCCUAUGACCAAAACUAUUCCAUUGACCUUAAUUUCUUGGGAAACUUCUAGCUUGGAAUAGCUUGUACACAUAUACAUAUGAUCAAAUAUUCCUGCCCAUGGUCCAUUACCUUUUGUUGUUGUUGUUAUUGUUGUUGUUUAUUUUGUUAUGAAUUUCAAUAUAGAGACCUGACUGGCACCAACUCUUGGGUAUCAAUUUGAUUCUGUGAUUGAAAUACUGCAAUUUGUUAUACAGUUAAAGUGCUCUGUUUCUUUAGGACUAUAUAUUUCAUCCAACAACCUCUCCAACAAAUUAGGGUUUAAGAAUCAACAAAAGAAAACAAAAGCUUUGUGAGCUAAAUGUAUAAGAAAGCCCUGCAUGUUUUUCAUACUAUCUUGGGCAAACAGAUUAUUAACAUGGAUUUCAGUUUAAGAUGAAAACAGUUAAUAAAGGGUACACUUUUUAUCAGGAGAAUUUCAGGGAACUUGGGCUUGAAGGAGCCAUUAUCUAUAGCAGAUAUUAAAAAUUGAGAGAAAUUUUGGAAAAUUCUUUUAAAGUUAUAGUUACAGUGCUACUUCAAUGUUAAUUUUUGAUAGACUGAAGUGCCAGAUCAAAAUUGUCACCCAUUUGAAUGAAUACUAGUUGUGUGUAAAAUUAGAUUAGAAAGAUUCCGUAAAUCUCUCUCUUUAUAUAUGCCAUAAUCACUCACAAUGGAUUACACAAGAAAAUGUAUUGUAAGUGAAAAUAAUAUUGAUUUCUGCCCUCAGCUUCAAAUAAAGUAAAUUGAAAUGGUAACAAUAUCAAUGUUGUCUUGAUAUAUUUAUAGAUAUGUGAUUAUCUUUUACUUUUUAAAUAAUUUUAUCAAAAAAAAAGUCCUUAGUGUUGAAAUAUUUCAAACCAUAUCCUCAGAUACAUUUUUGGCCAUUGUUUUAGAUGAUCUUUGUUUAAAUAUUCAUUUUUCCAGUGUUACGGGUCAAUCAUUAAAUGUAAUCAGCUAAUGGAAAUUAAAAUCCUGAGUGGUUAAACAAAGAAGAAAAUAACAUUUAAACAUGCCAUUAAAGUAUUAGUGAUAAACACCUGAAUUGCCACUAUCUGUUCUUCUUCUGGAUGUUGUAGCUAGAAGUCAUUUUAAGAUUUUGAUAAACAACUUUGGUUGAAGAAAUUCCUUGGCUAUUCAACACAAACUUUCUAAUGUUACUUGUUAGGGCCUAUACCAGAAUACAAUACUUAUUAACUUCCAAGCUAUGCAAGCUCCCAGAGGUAAAAGACUAAAACAUGAUUUUCCCUCAUAUGUAUGGUAAAAUAAAUAUAUUUAUGAUUAUAAAUAUACAUACCAGUUGGGAGCAAGUUUUAGAUUAUUUGUUACCCUAGAGAGCCAAAGGUUUCUUUAGGCCCCAUUACAUUCAUAAUCUUUAGUGUUUUCAGGUGGUAAUACAGCUCAAAUAUUGACUGGUUGGGGAAUGCAUACCAAUAGAACAUUGGAGGAGAGUUUUAACAGUGCAGAGCAACCUGCUUAAUGUGUCUCUCUAAAGAGAAAAUUUGAUGAAUAUGUUCAAUGAAAUAUUAAUGCUACUCAACACUUUUAUUUACAAAGUGCUAGAACUGUCAGGCAAGGAGAGACAACCAACUAGUUUUACAAACCUUUAAUCAGUAGCAGGACAGAAUGUGUCCAUCUGCAUGUUCGUGCACUAAAUCUCCAAUGUUGUUGCCAUAAUUCACAGAAUUAUAGUGCAGGAACCUCCCCCUUAGUAUUUUUUUCUGGCAUAUUCUGAAGAAAAAGAAUUCCUGUGCCUACCUAGGAACUUGAGUAGAAAUUAUCCAACUGGUCUUUUGAUAGAUUUGACUGUUACUAUUUAAGUUAUGUUUGUCUGAUCACCUGUUUGCUUUAUCUGACUGUUUUUUCCCCUUUUGUACCAAUGUGCUAUAACUAAUUAAAGUACUUGAAUUUGUUUGUGCAAAGUUCACAGGCUUAGUAAAAUGUCCAUAAAGCAAUAGCCAUGAAUGCUAUUUUUUUCCUGGAUAGGGCUGGCUUUAAACUAAUAAUGGUGAAAGAAUUAGGAAAACUGAGAAACCAGUUUAGCAUGUUUACUAUUAUUAUAUUUGUGCUAUACUUCAAGAGCAGAGAAAUCAUAAUAAAGAACAAAUAUUUUUGUGUUUCUUCAAUUUGAAAGUGCUGUCUCUCGCAUUUCUUUGACUUUCCAUGUAAAGCAAUUUACUUAAAUAUUUCUUUUAUAUAUAUACAUAUAUAUAUAUAUAUAUAUAUACGCACAUAUGCAUAUAUAUGCUAUUAAAUUUCUUGCCACUAAUGUGGAGUAAUGAUCUGAGGUUAGCAGCUAAUUUGAAACUAAUUUUAGUCAGACUGUUUCAAGUGCACUGCUUCAGUUGUCUGAGUGGUCCUUAUCUCUAGUCCUUGAAAUCUGUACCAUGCAGGAGCAAGGCAAUACUGUGAUUAAAAUAAUAAUAAAUAAUAAUAAUAAUAAUAACAUGUCAAUGGAAUGCUCCAACUUACUAUAUCUGUAAAAGUUUCCAAAUAAGAGAUGUGUGUAGUAAAUUGUAAAACAAGAGUAGAACUGAAAUAAUCUGUUCUUAUUUUUCAUUCUUAUUCUAGAUUAAACAUGCCAUAGAACUGUAAAAAUGUUAUUUUUACUGUCUGAGGGUACUCUUAAAUGUUAGUAUAAAAUGUCAAAAGAGUUGACUGAAUAUAAGUAGGGUUAAAUUAUCAGAACCCUAUGCUAAUUUAAACAAAGAAGAAAAAUAUCACUAAAAAUACUGGUAUUUCUUGAUAGAUUAUGUGCAAUUAGGCAAUGACAAUCUAUAUUCAAUAAUAUAUAAGAAAGAAUAGUAAUAUCAGCAUUUUGAUAAAUGUUCUGUUUCUAAAACUGGCACAAAUUAAUGUGUCAACAUAUUUUACAAUGCUCUUCAAAAGAAUUUAGAAUUGUGACUCCUAAAAAUUAAUUCAUUAUUUUUGUGGAUUGAUUUAUUGCCAUUCUAUUGAUGCUAAUGUCUAACAUUAAUGUAAUGUUUCUCUAGUUUUCCCUUGUUUUUAAUAUUAAUAACUAUAAAAACAUUUUUCAAAGACUAUUUGAUCCAGCAAAGUUUACAUGAAUCUUAGGCUUUGAUUUAAACAUUUAUAUAAAUAGAAGGAUUUUAUUAAUCAAAUUAUUUAUUUGAGCACCAACAAUUAAUUGUAACUUUAUAAUCAUACCUUUAUUUUAUGCUUCUUAUUUUAAAUAAUUAAGAUGUAUUUGUGCCUUUGGAUUAGCAUGACAUUCUGCUUUAUUAAAAGAAAAAAAACCUGCAAACUUUAUUGAUGUAUUUUGCUCAUAUCUGUGACACUUAAAUGGUACUGUCUUAUUUACAUUUAGUGAAUAAGCUCAAUUCAAAUUACUUUACCUUGAAUACAAAAUCUAAAUAUAAUAAAUUAUACCAUGGAACUUAUUUUCACUCAUGACAAAACAAUUCUUUUGAUGCACACAUAAAAUAUAUUUCAUUUUGUCUAUAUUGUUGUUCUAGAUAAUAAAUAUUCUAGAUAUUAUUAAAAUUGAUUUCUACCAUUUAUGAGACAAUGACAACAGAUGAUAUUUUAAGAUAGGAUAAAUUGUUUUAGUGUCACCUGGGUCUACAUUAUCCUGUUGUGCUUUUAUUUGGGGAUCAUACAUCAUCUUUUAUGAUGGUAAGAUAACCACUGAUAAAAAUAUCUACACCUGAAGUAAUAGAAAGAAUUAUCUCCAUUUCUUAAUUUAAAUAAUUAAAUAAUCUCCAUUUCUUAAUUUUGAAAAAUAUGAGAAUAGCAUAUUACAGUUGCUUAUUAAAGUUACAGUUUGUUUUCAUGAAGUAUGAUGUCCAGGGCCAAUUUCAGUUGCUCAUGGAGUUCUUUCUCACAAUCAUAUCCAGAGUGCUUACUCAACAUAUUUUAGGAGUAGAUAAUGCUAUUUUUUUAAAUGAAUUGUUUGCAUUAUUUAUCUGUAGAGAAGAAAGAUUUGAAUCUUUGUAUUAAUCCUUUGAAGAGUUAUUACAUUGUCUCUUACACUGAAAUUGCAUACAGAAGUAUUAGGGUAUGCUAAACUUAACUAUGAAAGGUCAAAGAAAUGAAGUACUUCCAUCCUAAAAUGAAAAUCUUUCAAGAAAGUAUUCUACUCAUGGGCUUAAUCAUGUUCUGAGAUGAAAAAAAUCAUCUGUGUAAAUGGGAAACUUAUAAAAAGAGCCUAGAUGUAGUUCUUGCUGAACAAAUACAAUUUCCUUCCAUGCCCUUACUCUCUUUUUUAAAAAUUGCAUUUACCCAUGUAGAUGCAUCUGUUUAACAACAUUAUAUGAGAAUGCUGAUAGAUUAUCUCCCCUCCCAAACUUUUAUAUUAUAUAUAAUACUUAAUAUUUAUUUGAUAACACACUUAAUAUUCUUAAAAAUAGUUCAUUAUUCACUAUAGAAUUUUAUCAAUAACUUAAAUACCUUAGCUGGUACCACCACUUUAAUUUUUUAUAUAAUUUUUAGGAUUUUGGCCACAGUAUAUUCAUAAUUAUUAAUAUAAAAAUUGGUUAUAUAAAUUUGAUAUUGCUGUUUUUUUUCUAAAACAAAAACACAUAACACAUGAAAAGUUGCAUCUGGUUUUAGCCUUCUUUAGGAAAAAAUUAACAAUGCAAUGACUUGGAGCAUUUCAAAUCACAGCCAGGUGUAUGAGAAUAGAGGAACAAAGAACUGAGAGAAUCAAGAAAGGCAAACUGAACUCCUACAUUUGGGGUAGAUAAGAAGGAUUUUAGUGUGAAAUGAGCUGGGCCAGGGACUAGGAACACUGCUUGGAUAAAAACUAAGGCCAAUUUUACUGAUGCAAAGAGAAAGGCGAGUGAAAUGAGGAGGAGAUAGUUAACAUAGAACCUAAUAUUCAAUUUUGCAGGUAGGAUUUUUUUCAAGAACAAUAUGCAUUAUAUACAAUAAAUGGUACUUUUAAGAGCAAAUAUAUUUGUUCCAAUUCUUAAAGGAAUGUUCAUGGUUUAGCAUUUUUGCCUCUAAACUGUUAGGAAUAUGUAAACUUCUUACAAAUAAAGUUUAAAAAACUAUUUUUUUUCUUUUGGUGUAUGAAUUCUAUGCUGUGUUCAGUAUGCAUUAAAACAUACUUGUAUUUUCUUUAAAGUGUAUGUCCAUUCAAAUCCUAUAUUCUUAAGUUAGCUACCACAAAGUUUUCUUACUGUUUCAAUAUGGUAUGUCCCUAUGAAAUGCUGUAUAUAUAUGUCUAAACUGUAAAAAUUAUACUGCAAAUGUUGAAGUUUUGUAUUUAUGAGAGACAUUGAAAGUAUGGCUUACAGUAUAUCAAAAUUGUCACUCUUCACCAUUUGUAUAUUAAUAGUAAAGAUACUUUUACUUUAA